AGGAUAGGGCGGUAGGAGACCCGGGGGGCAGGUCGACUUCGGAACUUCGCACCCGCUUCCCGAUUUUAGACACCAAAGCGCCUGCACUUCCCGUCGCGAAUCAGUGGAAAGCAGCGGGCACCACAAAGGACACUCGAGGAUGGCAACGGUGGGAAGGGAGUCGCGCUUCAUGCCGACAGUGAAAUGUUCGUCAUGCAACGAACAGGUGGAAAUAUCCCUGAUGGGCGAGCAUCUCUGCACCGGGUCGGGUUCACCGGUGGAACCCACGCCGCCACUGCCUGCGGCCUCCUUGUUUGGGAGACUGAUGCCAGCUUUCGGCAACCCAUUAGCCCCAAAGCAACAACCCCGACCGCCCCCUCAAGUGGACACGUCUGCGGCGAAUCGCGCGUAUAUGGGUCAAUCUCAACUCACACCUAUCAGCCAAGAAAGUGGUUCCCAGAGUGGGAUAUCACCCCAAACCCCAAUUGGGCAGUCAGAUACCGGGAAACCCGAUGAAUACUUCACACCAGAGAUUGCGGACAACUCUCCGCCACAAUCGUUGAGACCCGGUGGAUAUGGAGGACUUGGAGGUGGUAGUACUUAUGAGGACUCGGCGUUCCGGGCAUAUGUCCCGAAGAAGCAGGAACCGGAUUUGAUGGGCAACACAGCUGGUCCCCUCGAUCCGGCCCGUCGACCUUCGGCAGCUGGCCUUAGUGUGUCGGGAGGUGCGGAUGAGCGCCCUGGCACUGCGGCCUCGAAUGCUAGCAGCAGCCUGGGGAGCGGAAGAAUGCCGAUGCCACAGAGGCAAAAUGGAUAUGCGGGUUUUGGUCCACCGAAAACGUCGGAACAUGGCCUCGAGCCGCCCGCUACGCCGAACAGGUCCGAGACAUUCCCCCGACCCAGCGAACGUUUCGCCCCGCCCCCUCGCACACCGACCGCCCCGCUUCCUUCAGCGACAUUGCGACCGGAUCGACUACAACUUCCGGCGGACUCGCCGGGCGCACCUGACGGACGAUCUCCGAUGACGAGCCCGAGAAGGCCGAGUAGAGGGCCAGAUACCUCUCGGCCGCCGCCACCACGAACCAGCACGAUUCGGCCAACGACCCCCGUUGUCCCAACAAUCAAUCUCGCCGAGGAGUUUGGGAUCGGGAACCCGUACCACAACCCGUCAGAAUCGACGUCAUCGACCGACUCUUCGGAAAACAGCAGUCAACCGGAACGCCGGCCGAGCCAAGCGAGCCAGGCGAGCUCACGAACAAGCCCGUCAAGGUCUCUAGGCUCGAGGUCCGGGAAAAGUCCCUCUGAUACAUCAAGUUUCGAUAACUUGAUGACGGAUAUCCAGUCUUCCAUGGACGACAUGAAACCACGGCCACCAGUACCCGCGCCUUUAAUGAUACCGGGUAGAGAUAUGGUGGGCCGCCCGUCUCCUUUGAGCGCGCGACCGCCUCGCUCGGGAGACCGAGGAUAUGACCCGCGUAUCGACCCUGCAGUACAAAACCCGCGCGGUGGUCAAGAGAAGGCUUCUCUGACAUCGCCGUUGUCGGACGCUCCGCUCCGCGACAAGCUCACUAUUCAGACAUCUAACGACAUCAUCUCCCCGGGCACACCCGGCUUCCCCUCCCCAGGAUGGGCUAGGUCGCCUGACGAGGACGAGCAGAUGGGCGAAAGACGCCCUUCCCAGGCACCGCCUCCACUACAACCACCACCACAAUUCCAACCACCAUCGGAACGGCAACCACGACCACAGCAACAGCCACCGAGGCCCCGGUCGCGCUCUCGCUCCCGCUCACGCGAACCGGCUCCCCUCUCAGCACGCGGCGAUUGUAAAGCCUGUGGCCUCCCAAUCAAGGGCAAGUCCAUAUCGAGCGCCGACGGCCGCCUAACCGGGCGGUACCACAAGCCGUGCUUCGUCUGCUCAACCUGCCAGAACCCCUUCUCAUCUUCCACCUUUUACGUGCUCGACGACAAGCCGUACUGCGAGCUGCACUACCACAAGCUCAACGGCAGCCUGUGCGGCAGUUGUGGCAGGGGCAUCGAGGGCCAGUACCUCGAGGACGAGUCCUGCGUGAAGCACCACGUCGGGUGCUUCAAGUGUGGCGAAUGCGGGAUGGCGCUCAGGGAUGGGUACUUCGAGGUCAACGGGAAGGCCUAUUGUGGAGACGAUGCUUGGAGGCUCACUGGUGGCGGACCAAAUGAUGCCCCAGGUGGUAUGGGUAUGGGCGGGAGGGGCGGUAUGGGUGGUCGCGGCAGGGGUGGCCGAGGUGGCAGGGGUGGUGGCAUGGGGUUCCGGCCUCCGCAUAUGGGUUUGCCCGGUGGACCGAGGGGUGGCAUGGGCGGCGGCUACAACCCCAGCCGACUGGGACCGAUGGGGCAAAGGCCCAAGAUGGAAAAGAGGAUGACGAGGUUGGGAAUGAUGUGAGCAGGUGAUCCAUUCACCAAAUCACCGACCUGUGGACGACUAUGCCUACUCCACGACGGCUCCGGAUAAUACGCCAAAUAUGCGUCAACGCGCACG